AUGGAAGCUGGCUUAUUUCGUUCUUCACUCGGAGUAUUUUUUUUCAGGAAAUUCAUUCGUGAACCGUCCACCUAUCUUUAUUUUUACACACUCUCUGUCUCUGUCUCUCUAUGUUUGUCUCAAUCUCUCUCUCUCUCUUUGUCUCUGUCUCUCUCUCUUUCUCUCUCUCUCUCUGUCUCUGUGUGUGUGUGUCUCUCUCUCUCUGUCUCUCUAUCUCUGUCUCAAUCUCUCUCUCUCUGUCUAUCUCUGUCUCAAUCUCUCUCUCUGUCUCUUUAUCUAUGUCUCAAUCUCUCUCUGUCUCUCUCUAUGUGUCUCUCUCUGUCUCAAUCUCUCUCUGUCUCUCUCUCUCUCUCUGUCUCUCUAUCUCUGUCUCAAUCUCUCUGUCUCUCUCUGUCUCUGUCUCUCUCUCUGUCUCUCUCUGUCUCUCUCUCAGUCUCUCUCUGUCUCUCUCUCUCUGUGUCUCUCUAUCUCUGUCUCAAUCUCUCUCUGUCUAUCUCUGUCUCUCUAUCUCUGUCUCAAUCUCAAUCUGUGUCUCUCUUUCUGUCUCUCCCUCUGUCUCUCUCUCUGUGUCUCUGUCUCUCUGUCCCUCUCUCUCUCUGUCUCUCUCUCUCUCUCUCUUGCUUACUGCAGACAUGUCUUUUCAGUUUUCAUCUUGUUUUCGGACCGGUUUCUUCCGCUCCCACCCCUGCGAUGAAAUCGAUUGCUAUCUUUCAAAUACUGAUACCAAUAUUUGUUGAACCCCCGAAAAGAUCGCUUCUUUCUAUACUUCUUUAUCUUUCUUCUUACCUAUCUCACUUCCUCCCUCGUCUCCCCCCGUUUAACUUUCUCUGCGUCUCUUUCUGUCUCUCCUUCUCGCUCUUGAUUUUUACCUCCCUCUUUAUAGAUUUCGCUUUCUCGUUCUUCUUCUCUCUGUAUCUUUCCCUGUUUUUAUAUUCCUUCCUUCCUUCCUUCCUUCCUUCCUUCCUUCCUUCCUUCCCAUCUAUCUAUCUAUCUAUCUAUCUAUAUUAUUCCCUUUCUCUCUAUCUCUUUCUCUAUCUCUCUUUCUACUUUUCUCUCUCUCUCUUUACUUACUCUCACCCUAUUUAUUUCUACUUUUCUCUUUCUUUAUCUUUUUCUACUUUGCUUUUCUAUAUAGACUUUCCUUCAAUUUUUUCUCUCUUUAGCUAUAUCUUUCUUUAA